ACCCUGAAUAGACUCUGAAAUCGGCUGUGGCUCGAAGACCUAGUUGACGCCCUCCAGCUUCUGCCAAAUCCCGUGCUUCUCCUAUCCAAGCCGCGGGCCUCCUCUCCCGACCAUCCUUUCAAUCGGUCGUUCCCCUCCACCGCUGCUAUUGCUCUCCGCCGGCUAGCUGCCGCGGCUGCUGUUGCUGCUCCCCUGCUCCGCUCACCCGCUGCUUUCCGCCAUGGUAAAGCAGAAGGUCAUAUUGCCGCCGGAGCUGCCUCCGGAAAUCCCCGAGGAAGAAAUCGUCCCCUCCGAGGAAGACGUGGAAUUCUUCACGAAAAAUCGCGGCUACACCCGCUUCGUCUACGGAUUAGACACCCAGACCAUUAGCGAGCUCCUCACUCGGCCUGCUGGCGUAAAAGAAGAUGACCUCGAAGCUUUGUAUGAGAAGAAGCGGAAGAAGGAGGCUGCUAUGCAGCAGAAGGAGAAGGGGAAGGCUGACGUGCAGGUUGACCCCGUGGAUGCUCUUCCUGUCAAGACCUUAGAUGGCAAACUCUAUUAUCGCACUCUGCUGCAAGUGGCAUCAGAUGAAGCUGAGAAUGCUGGAAAUGAAGAUGGAGGUAGUGAGGCAGGUAAAGGUUCCGUUGGGAAGCUGACCAAGGCCGAAAGGAGGGCUAAGCUAAAGAAACUUAAGAAAGAAGCAAAGAAACAGGGGAAGGAGAGUCCUCAACCACAAGCCGCUCAAGAUACCCCCCAAGCGGUGGUGCUGGCUGAGGUGAAAGAAGAGCUUACGGCAGAAGAGGCAUUCGAAAGUAAAAAACGUAAACUUGCAGAGCUUGGUGAUGCGCUGCUUGCAGAUCCUGAGUCCAACAUUAAAUCUCUCAAGGAGCUGUUACACUUCUGCAAGGACGCACAUCAUCGUAUUGUUAUACUUGGGUUGCUAUCCUUGUCGGCUGUGUUCAAAGACAUCAUCCCUGGAUACCGCAUCAGGCUGCCUACUGAGAAGGAACUGGAGAUGAAAGUAUCUAAGGACGUUAAAAGAUGAGGAAUUAUGAAUCAAAUUU